CACCACUGUCUCCCCUCUUUCUCUCUCUUCCCCACUUCACACUCUCUCUCUCCCCCCCCUCUCUCUCUAAAAUCUCCCCUUAAACCCUCUGCCUCUCCGUCUCCGAUCGCUGGGAAUUCACCGCCGCCGGAGCAUUGCAACCACCGCGGAGGAGGAGGCACACCCUGGCGGUGACAUCAUGCUUUUAGUUCUCUGCGCUCUUCUACUCUCGUCCCUACUGCAGCACUCCUCUGCUUCCGUAUCGUCGAUAUAUGAUGUGCUGAAGGCGCACGGGCUGCCGAUGGGGCUGCUGCCGAAGGGGGUGAAGGAGUUCAGAUUCGACGAGGGGGGCCGGUUCGAGGUGCACCUCGACCAGGCCUGCAACGCCAAGUUCGAGAGCGAGCUGCAUUACGACCUGAACGUCUCCGGCACGAUCAGCUACGGCCAGAUCGGGGCCCUCUCCGGCAUAUCCGCCCAGGAGCUCUUCCUCUGGUUCCCCGUCAAGGAGAUACGCGUCGACAUCCCCAGCUCCGGGAUCAUCUACUUCGACGUCGGGGUGGUGUUCAAGCAGUUCUCGCUCUCGCUCUUCGAGACGCCUCCCGAUUGCACCGCCGUCAGGUCCGAGGACUUGGGCGGGUUCCACGACGGCGCCGUGAUGAUCGCCGAGUUGUCUUCCUCUUCCAAGAGCAAAUCGGAAGUGCUCGAGCAUCAGAUCGUUCAGGAGUAGUUUGCAAGGGAAUAGGUUGUUGGUUUUUCAAGAGAAUGAUUGAAGAUGGGAGGUUAGCUCAACUGAAAGGAUUACCCUUUUUUUUCCGAAUGACAGCCCCAUUGUAAAUGGUUUCGGCGAGUCCGGUUUUAGGAGGUUAUAUGCUUUCGUUCCGUGUGCUUGCUUUGCCGUUUUCCUUCCAUAGUGCGGAGUGUAUGAAAUACUCGAGCUGGCUCCAGUCUAUAGAAUGAUUGCAGGAGAGUCUGGUUUUGAAGGGGGGGGGGGGGG